GAAAAUAAUAUUUAUAAGUCAGUUUCCUCUCUGGACACUCCCUAAUUGUCAUAGACACUAAUUCCCCGGUGAUCAAUGGACUUUUGCAACACGACACAUGAAUACAUCUAGACCGACUAGACAGAAACUGACUACGUGUAAAUAGAUUAGAUUAUAAUUAUUUAAGUUAAUUUAAUAAAUAAAAUACGCGUGUUUUGUUACAAGUCCCCGGAAAUUAUGUUCAAUUGUGCUGUGUUUUAAAUAAAAUCUAUUUUACUAUUGUAUAUUUUUAAAAUCGGUAACUAAUGGCGAGAACGAGAGCUUUGAUACUUGUCCUAAUUAUAAAUCUUUUUUCCACUAAGAUUUUCUGUGAGGAAAGCCAUUCUCACGAUCAAGAUUUUAGUGAUGAAGAUACUAAAGCUUCGUAUACCAGCCCCGUUGUCUCGGGAUUUGCUUAUUUAGCCGAGAGUUUUGAUGAUAGUGAGAGGUUUAAAACUGUUUGGAUACAGUCGCAAGCUAAAAAGGAGUCAGCUGAUGAAGAUAUUGCUAAAUAUGAUGGCGUCUGGUCGUUGGAAGAGUCUCUGAGAAAUCAACAAGACGGAGACUUAGGAUUAGUUUUAAAAAGCAAAGCUCGACACGCUGCAAUUUCAGCAUUGCUGAACAAACCAUUUAAAUUCGAUGACAAGCCACUGAUCGUUCAGUACGAGGUUAACUUCCAGGAAGGCCAAGAGUGCGGCGGAGCGUAUCUUAAAUUGCUUACUCAAGACCCAGCACACGCAGAUUUAAAAAAGUUCCACGACAAAACUCCUUACACAAUAAUGUUCGGGCCAGACAAAUGCGGCAACGAUCACAAGCUUCACUUUAUUUUCCGACAUAAGAACCCAGUAAAUGGAACUAUUGAAGAGAAGCACUGCAAGAAACCUAAAGAAAGAUUGGAAGACUACUUCAAGGACAAGAUCCCCCAUCUUUACACUCUGGUAAUUCGCCCGGAUAAUUCUUUCAUCAUAAAAGUAGACAACAAAAUUGUCAACGAAGGUUCUCUGCUCGACGACUUUACGCCGCCGGUGAAUCCUCCGCUGGAGAUCGAAGACCCCAAUGACACCAGACCGGAAGACUGGGACGACAGGGAGAAGAUUCCAGAUCCCACGGCAGUUAAGCCCGAAGACUGGGACGAAGAUGCUCCGGUUCAGAUUGUUGAUGAAGAUGAUGUUGUCCCGGAAGGCUGGCUUGAAGACGAGCCGCCGACAAUUCCCAAUCCCGAUGCAGUAAAACCCGAAGACUGGGACGUGGAGAUGGACGGAGAGUGGGAGCCUCCAGAAAUUCCGAACCCCAAGUGCGAAGGUAUCGCUGGUUGUGGGCCUUACAAGCAAAAAAUGAAGAAGAAUCCGAGGUACAAGGGCAAAUGGCUCGCUCCUCUUAUUGAUAAUCCUAAUUACAAAGGUAAAUGGAAACCAAGACUCAUCCAUAAUCCGGAUUAUUUCAAUGAUGAUCAUCCUUUCCGGAUGUCUCCAAUUCACGCUAUUGGGUUCGAACUCUGGUCAAUGUCCCCAGACAUCUACUUUGACAACCUGAUCAUCACCGACGAUGAAGAUGUAGCCAAGCAGUGGGCAGAAGAUACCUUCGAGAUUCACCGAAAAAAGAUAGCUCAAGACAGCGUGACAAUAUGGGGUCGUUUGAUGCGGUCAAUGAAUCACAAGCCCGGCUGGUGGGCUGCCUAUUUUAUCUACUGCUCUAUACCUAUAACUAUAUACAUCUGGUACCUCUACAAAAGGGCCAAGGAGGAUAAAGAUGACAGACUAGACGAUAAAGAAUCACUCAAUGCAAUUGAAGAAGACUUGAAUGAACAAGUAGAUGCUGCCGAGGAAGAUGUACAGCAAGAAUCCGCAACUUUAGCGGACGCUGAUGAUCAUCAAGAUAAUGCCAGUGAGACUGAAGAAGCCGACAACGAAAAGGAGGAACACACUGGCGACGGCGAUGGUCCUCGUCGGAGAAAAGCGAAUAAAGAAUAAUAAAAAUUGAACGUAAUUUAAAGAAAUUUGUAAGCGUAAGAGAUGUUAACUUAAUUACCAUCGAAUUUUGUUAUGUAUAUUCACAUUCCACAUUUCACGGAUAAUUGGAUGAAUAAAUAACGAAAAUUA